AUGAGCGAGCAUCUUCGAAGGAUUGUAGUUGACGGGCUACUGGGCCGAAUUAGAGACAACACAUUAGGAACCUUAGAUGAGCCAAGUGAGGCUGAGGAGACCUUAAUUGGAUGUCUGUUUGCUGAUCUUAUUCGGAAGCUAAUGGAUGAAGCGAAGCUACAGGCAGAAAAGGAUGGCACAAGAACGAUAUCCGUUGGCCAUUUACGUGAUGCAAAAGAUUUGAUACUCGAGUCGUCACCUGAUAACAAUGAGGAUUGA